ACGACUCAGCGACUGAAACAACGACACAUCCGAACCCAUGUCCUAGCGAAGUCACCGUCGUACGUGACGUCAGUAGAAUGUAGCAUAGGGGCGGAGGGAAGGGCAGUACCCGGCGCCUCCGGGGGCGUCGGAGGAGCCAAACGGGUACCUGCGAGGGCGCGCGUUUCUACUUCUUCCUCGCUGCUAGUCCGAGGAGGUCCUCCCGGGGGCUGCGGCGGCUGAGUGACGCCGGGAUUCCUGCGCAGAAGGUGCGGAAUCAGCACGAGCCGCGCACACGCGGCUGGCAGAGCGAGCGGACGCCCGGCUCAAGUGAAGAAGGCCGGGCACGCCCUGCCCAGGGGCGCCGGGAGGAAGCCGGCAUGGCCCCUGCUUUUCUCUCCACUUGGCGGCGGCUGCUGCAGUUCCUGCUGUUGUUGUUCUGGACGAACCUGGGAGCCGGGACCAAGAUAAUCACAGUGCUGGCCCCAGUCCAGGUGUCCGGUUUCCUGGGAGAAAAUGUGACACUGCCAUGCAAACUGCACCCCCUGGAACACAAUGUGACGGUGACGCAAGUGACCUGGACCAAGCAGAGACAGGCAGAGCCCGCCCGCAGCGUGGCAGUCUUCCACCCCACCCAGGGCCCCAGCUUCCACGAGUCCAGCCGGUUGGAAUUUAUGGCCGCCAAGCCCGGCGAGAAGCUGCAGGACGCCUCACUGGCUGUGCGGGAGUUGCGCGUGGAAGAUGAGGCUAAUUACACCUGCCAGUUCGCCACGUUCCCUAAUGGUGACAAGAGCGCUCGAACCCAGCUCCGUGUGCUCGCCCAGCCCCAGAACAAGGCUGAGACCCUGGACAUCCCGCUCAGCCCAAACCCUGUGCCGGUGGCCCGCUGCAACUCCACCGGAGGUCACCCACCUGCCCGCAUCUCCUGGUCCUCAGAUGAAAAGACCAAUACCACCCAGGUGCCAGGGCCCCUGCCUGGCACCGUCACCGUCAUCAGCCUCUUAAUCUUAACACCUUCCAGCCAGGUGGACGGCAGGAACGUCACCUGCAGAGUGGAGCACGAGAGCUUUGAGGAGCCCGUGGUGAUCCCCAUGACCCUGGCUGUGUCCUACCCCCCCGAGGUCUCCAUAUCCGGCUAUGAUGACAACUGGUACAUCGGCCGUAGAGACGUUGCCCUGAACUGUGACAUCCACAGCAAACCAGAGCCCACAGACUACAACUGGAGCACGCCCAACGGAACCCUGCCAGUCUCUGCUGUGGUCCAGGGCACUCAGCUUCUGAUUCACACUGUGGACGAGACCAUCAAUGUGACUUUCAUCUGCCUUGUCACCAACGCCCUAGGGACCAACCAGGCAAACGUGACCAUCCUGGUCAGAGAACGUCCUAGGGAGCAGUCACAAGAGGGCUUGUCCUCUACGAUCUAUAUCAUCCUGGCCUUGGUAAUCGUGAUUGUUGCCUUCCUGGUGUUCCUCCUGAUUUGUCUCCGCCGGCACAGAAACUCCCGUCGGAACCAGUACAGUCCCACUGCUAAUGGGACGGUCAUCUAUUCAGCUGUUGAGAGCAAUUCCCAGGAUCCAUCAACAGAGGGCACCAGGUGACAGCGUGGAGCUGGAUGGUGAGAAGAGCUGUUGACGUGAGUCUUCCAGCGGACUCCCUCCCCUGCCUCAAUGGAGGGAGUCUCCCUCCAAAGACACUGGCCACCCUUCCCCUGCCAGACCUCAAGGAUGCCCCCUCUGCCUCACAACACAGUGACCCGGGCAGAGGGCAAGUUCAGGGGUCUACAAGACCAGCCUCAGGUUGAGUCAUUCGCUACAAGGACUAUGGAACUCAGCAAAGCUGUUUACUCACGGAUAUAAUUUACUACACUGCAAGGAUGAGAUCAAGAGCAGCAAUGUGAAAAGGCACGCAGGGCAGGGUCCCGGCACAAGCUUCUGGUUGUUCAGUCCCGGUGGAGUCAUAUGGACAGCACUUACUUCUCCGCCCGAUGACAUGUGACCGCACACACAGAGUGUUGCCAAGCAGGAAAGCGUGCCCGAGCCUUGGUUUCCAGAGGUGUCAAUCAUGUAGACGUGGCUGACCACCCAUGCAGCUGACCUUGGCACCAACAUAGAAAGAGUUGAAGAAAGAUUGCGUGCAUGAUCAAUCAUGUCUGACUCUUUGCGACCCCAUCAGUGUCCAUGGGAUUCUCCAAGAAAGAAUGCUGGAGUGGGUUGCCAUUUUCUCUUCCAGGGGAUCUUCUCAGCUCAGGGAUUGAACCCGUGUCUCUUGCAUCUCCUGCAUCAGCAGGUGAAUUGUUUACCGCUGUGCCCCCUGGGAAGCCUGGCACCAACAUAGGUCAAGCCAUUAUUGUGUGGCCUAAUGCCCCCACCAUGAAUCACACUAUUGGCACAGAUUAUCCUGUAUAGCCCACAGCCCCAGGUAAACAAAGCCUUCUAUCAGCCAGGACAUUCCAAAGAAGGGCCAAGAGGUUACUUCACAGGAACCAGGGGCAAAGGGCCACAUCUUUUUUUGAACAAGGUUAAUCCUUUCCUGCAAAGUAGGGCCACACAGAAUGUUGCAACUACCAGAGGUUUUUUUUAUAAAAUUUUGACUUCCAGCCUUAAGCUUCUAAAUCUCUGAUUUAGUUAAAUCUCAGUGAGAACCAGAGGCUGGAACUCAGCUGCCCCAGGACUGUCCAAGGAGCAGGAGCAAGUGGUGGCCCUGAACUGAUGCGGUGCCCGGAAAGCAUCUGUGGCCAGCGUGCUGGGGUUAACAAGACCUUGGUCAUCCACCGAGGAAAGCAGGAAGUUGUUUCCAAAACGAGGAAAAAAUAGAUGCUGAAGAAUCAGAAACUACAGCUGUGCAGCACAGGCUGCCCUCAGACCUGGAUGGACAUAGCCCGAUCCCCAGGACGAAGAGCUUCUGUGAUACACUGACAUGUUUAUAACUGUCUGUGAUCUUGGGGGCAGGCACCAGAAUUCCUCUGUCUGUUGGAGAAAAUAGGCAGAUAGAGACCUUGGGUCAGAACGCUAAACCAGAGAACAGGGCAUGAGCCACUCUGCAAGAGAAAGUGAGAAGGACGUGUGGGCUUCCAUCUGGGCAGAUGGGAGAAUGCAAAACAGAGAAGCAUGGGGAAGAGAUGGGACCCAGCCAAACGGGAGGGCUGAGGGCAUGACAAGGCCAGUGGGGCUCCACAGUGCAGGGACAUAAAGGGAGAGUGAUUACCUAGCUGCCACAUAAACCCCUUGUCCGUUCCCAGCCCCAAACACCUUAUUAAAGUUAAUUUAUUACACCUCGA